GCCGGGCCAGCCCCGGCACUGCCCCGCUCGCCAUGGGCUCCCGUCUGUCUCUGGACGACUCCGUGCGGGUCCUGGUGGUCGGGGGCGGCUUCGGAGGGACUGCAGCCGCCAGCCUGCUCAAGUCCUGGGCCGUCCCUUUCGUGCUGGUGGACGUGAGAGAUGCUUUCCAUCACAACGUGGGCGCCCUCCGGGCCGCCGUGGAGAGCGGAUUUGCCAAGAAGACUUUCAUCUCCUACUCGGCCACCUUUGGGGACAGCUUCCGACAAGGCAAGGUCGUGGACAUAGACCCUGGGAGGCAGCAAGUUGUGCUCAGUGAUGGUGAGGAGCUUCACUACUCCCAUCUCAUUCUUGCAACAGGCAGUGAUGGGCCAUUCCCUGGGAAGUUCAACCAAGUCAUUGACAUGGAAAGAGCCAUCCAGACCUAUGAAGACAUGGUCAAAGAGAUUGAGAAAUCUCAGCGCAUCCUGGUAGUGGGAGGUGGUGCUGCUGGAGUGGAGAUGGCUGCCGAGAUCAAAACGGAGUACCCGGACAAAGAGGUCAUCCUCAUUCACUCAAAAACUGCACUGGCUGACGUGGAGCUGCUAGCCAGUGUCCGUCAGGAGGUGAAAGAGAUUCUCCUCAGGAAAGGAGUCCGGCUUCUGUUAAGUGAAAAGGUCAGUGACGUGGAAAACCUCAGGCCAAACCAGUUCCAGAAAGACAUGGUAGUAAGGACAGAGAAGGGCACCGAGGUGGUUGUUGACAUGGUGGUGCUGUGCACAGGGAUAAAGAUUAACUCCUCUGCAUAUGCUGCUGCAUUUGGUGACAAAAUGGCAAGUAAUGGUGCUUUGAGAGUUAACAAGCACCUCCAGCUGGAAGGCUACGAGAACAUCUAUGCCAUUGGGGACUGUGCAGAUGUCAAAGAGCCCAAGAUGGCCUACCAUGCUGGGCUCCAUGCCAACAGUGGCAUCAUCAACAGCCUGACACAGAAGCCUCUCAAAACCUAUGAGCCAGGGUCACUAACAUUCCUGCUUUCCAUGGGCAGGAAUGAUGGUGUAGGCCAGGUGAGUGGUUACUAUGUGGGACGUCUCCUGGUGACCAUUGCCAAGAGCCGGGAUCUGUUCGUCUCCAAGAGCUGGAAGACGAUGGGACAGACAAUGCCCUCUUAAGAGGGCACAGGUAACAAUCCAGCAAGGAUACAACAACUGGAACAGGGUGAGGGUGCACUUCUAUUGCUUGGACUGACUGAUAUUGUCCUCUGCAGCACCUCCUCAAGCCACCUAUCACCGUGACACAUAAAAGGGGUGCCUGCCUUGCUGUGGAGGGGAAGGAGUCACUUCCCAAAUGAACUGCACAGAAGUUCCCAUGCUAAAAAACAGGGAAGAAAGGUUACUUUUAUUUCCCCUGCUGAGAGAGCUCUGAGCAACAAGCUUGGCUUACCUUGAUUUGUAACACUAAACACUGUGGUUUUCAGAAUCUCUGGUUUGUUUGUUAUGUGCUGCUUUUUUGGGUUUUUUUCCCUGGCUUUCUCUAUUCUUGCUCUUCUAAGAAGAACCUGCUUCUUACAGAUCUGGCAUCUGCUCUGCAGCUUGCAGGGAGAAUGGCUUGUAGUGCUGCCAGGGUAAUGCCUGUCUAAAACCUAGAAGUGGAUAUGGUAGACCUGGAAUUCAACAGAAUAUAAUGCAGCUUUGUGUCAAAAUCUCCUCAGCAGCUUUAAUUACCUCACUUACAGCACCAAACUUCAGCUAGAAAAUAUAUUGGUUGUGAUACAGCAAGCACUUAAUUACAGAUGCUGCUGCUUUUAUUUUUUCUUCUCUUUUCCUUUUUAAUUUUUUUCUUUUUAGGGUGAGAAAUCCCCAGAGAAAAAUUAGGGUUUAUAAUAAUAACCACACUUGACACAUCUUUUUGUUUUUUUCUUAUAAAACAAACAAAAUCACCAUGAAAUACUCUUAGUAAUUACAGAGGUUAUUGUGAGUUAAAAGCAAAACAGAAGCUCCUCAUGCAUCACUUCUAAAACCCUUUUCACCUCUCUGUGGGCUGAAGUUUACCAUCUACCCUCAAGGGAGGGGAAAAAGGAGCAGGACAUUUUUAAGAGCUUUCUUGAAAGUGGUGUGUGUGUGUGUGUGUGUGUGUGUGUGUGUGUGUGUGUGUG